AAAACAAAAACAAAAUCAUGCCGUUCCACUAGCGCAGCGCAAGAAUCCCAGCUCGCUCACUGAACCAGCGAAGGUGGACCGAGGCAAACAGGCACAGCGGCCACCGUCUCGCGUUGAUGUUGUUGUGAAACGACUGUCGGUGCCUCAAGGUGCGAACGGAAACGGCAAAUGCGCUCAAUUUUGUGACGCUCGAAAACCCCCUCGUGCGCAAAUGUGCGCAAAGGUGCAAUCAGCCGGCGACCUUGCGUCAUCGUUCUGGCGGCGCACACGUGAGUUGCCCACGUGGUCGGAAUCCAGUCACGUCAUUGGCCGGAAACGGAGCGCCGCUUCACGGCGACCGCGUCAACUGUCGUCUGCUUGCAUGUAGAUCCAGCGGCACCCGGGUUCCUCCCACGAUUCGUGGCCGAUUUUGGCGUUCAGAAUUCGCGAUUUUUUGCCUCAAACUUGGUGGAAACUGCACCUUAACUACGCGUGAGUUUAUUUUGCACCUCCGUAGCUUUGAGACGUUCAAAAGAUACAACUGUUAACUUCGAAAGAUAAGCAACGAUGAGCGGCAUAUGGGUUUUCGGCUAUGGGUCUCUGGUGUGGAACCCGGGCUUCGACUUCGUUCAAAGCCAGAUUGGAUUCAUCCGAGGCUACGAGAGGAGGUUCUGGCAAGGCAACGACAAACACCGGGGGACACCGGACAAGCUGGGCCGAGUUGCUACCUUGGUUGAAAGCAAAGAAGGCCAGGUAUGGGGUCGAGCCUUCCAGCUCCGCAGCGACGAGUCAAGUCGAAGCACAUCUCUCAACUACUUGGACCAACGAGAGUCUCAUCUCGGCGGAUACGCCACGCGGAUCCUCACUUUCUAUCCGCGAGACCCGCGACAAGAACCCAUUCCAGUCCUGGUCUACGUAGCCCUGCCUUCGAGCUCCCUGUACUUGGGACCGGCUAGCGUCGCGAAGCUCGCGGACGAAAUCAUCGCCGCAAGUGGCCACUGCGGCCCCAAUACGGAAUACGUGCUCAAGCUGGCAGAAUUCAUGAAGACGGAAGUUCCCCACGUGUGGGACGACCAUCUAUUCUCUCUGGAGGCCUCGCUAAGGGUCAGGCUUAAGAUGGACGGUGGAGAAGUGCCCGGACACUACAAACCGCCGUCCCCAGUGGCACUGGAAGAAGGUGGUGAAGACCAGUCCGUAGGUGACGGUGUCUUGGGUGCGAGGGAGGACGAAGCGUCCGGAUCAGACUUCGCGUCGCAGGUUCCGUCCAGAAGGUUGCGCUGCUUGGAUCUUUGACGUCCUGGUACAAUUAUGUACACGUCUGGAAUUUGGGUGCUGUUCAGAGGCCACUGGCCUUGGCUUGGCUUGGCUUGGACGAUGCGGCAAGUGCUGGGUUUCUAACCCUGGUCCGCUUUGAUGACAUAGUGGCUGCAUUAUGUUACAGGUGAUGUGACCGCUGGUUUCAUGGCACCGUAAAAUCGCACGAAAGUUGGAGGAAGCUUUGUCGGUGAUGUUUCUCUUCCACGUCGGUAGGAAAAUAUGGGCGUUGUUGCAGCGGUGCGGGGGUUUCGACACAAUAUCUGUGAUAUACACUCGAGGUUUGUGAUAACACAUACUUUUACAAACUUUAUUGCGUGGAAGUCUCGCUUGUGUAACGCCUCAUUGAACGCAAACUCAACGCAGAUCUUUGCCAUGCUGGUGUAUUCUUUAUAGUUUUACGGAUCGAGUUUUAUAGAACGAUAUUGAAUUCCAACUGCUGCAACGUGUGAAUCGUGUAACCCACUAUGCAAGUGGCUCAAUGUCUCGAGGCUGCUUUUUUUUUUUUUUUUUUUGCUCUCAAUAUUCCAAGAAAGCUCAUUUAAUCAAAAGCGAUAUAUCGUGUAUAGUUAACCGUCUGCACCACGCUAAAGUAGAUAGGGUAGAUGCGAAGGUAUAUAGUUGAAGGUAGAAACAACCGUGGUAUAUAGUUAGAAACGAUGCACGUUUAAGAAAUCUCGGAUGCCUCUUUGUAUGAUACGAAGAAAAUUUUAUUGUCAGUUUAAAAAGAUGCAUGUAAUCGCAUUUCACUCUCAUCGAGUAUUAAUAUUCACACGCGUCUUUCGUGCUGAACGUAUCAGCUGUUACGGUCAGUCACCGUGCCUUCAGAUCUGUUUUCUAUAUACUGUGCGUAUAUCGUUUAUUGCAAACUGCCAGAGAGGUAUAGGUCGCAUUUAUUGUUGUAAUGAUGGUAACGAUUCCUAGUGAGGUGCAAUUUUACAUUCGAAUGAUCUGUACAAAUGCUACCCGUCUUAGUUUCUUAGAAUCUCCACUUUUGGCGCUGUUGUACCACUCCAGGCAAUGGUGGCCGGUGAACACAUACAGUCAACCCUCGAUUUAUGAACCUUCGAUUUAUGAAUUCCUUCGUUUUAUGAACACUAGCACGAGGAACCAAACUUUUUACAUGCAUUUUUCCCUCGUUUUAUGAACCUCGAUAUUCGAAUAAUGAACGGAAUUUCUGGGAACCAACUAGGAGUUGCCCAGCGUUUUUGCCCUCAAUUUAUGAACGGAUCGUUCCGAGGCCAACAAAAACCUUCAAAGGGAUUAUUCGUGGUCUUAUGAAUGACACCUGAACAGACAAAACGUUUUCGAGGUGUUGCACCCUCUGUUCUUAACCCCUCGAAAUCCGGACAACAAAUGGGUUUUUGCAGAAGUGUUCCUGACAUCAAUUGACACAGCGCAAGGCAUGGUCCAAAGCAAAAUUAAACUAUUUAGUGUUGCAUAAUGAACAGAGUGUGAAUGCGCCAACAUCUGUGUUUUGUGAGACUGAUACAGCAGAAGGCAUGGUCCAAAGCAAAAUUACACAAUAUAUUGCAUUAUAAACACAAUAUCAACUCGGAAAUACUGUUCCAUUUGCUUGAUAGUAACGGAACUUUCGAUUUAUGAAUCCCUCGAUUUAUGAACAAUUUUUCGGGGAACCGAGGGUGUUCAUAAAUCGAGGGUUGACUGUAUAUCCCCAUCGACAUGACAUCAGCUUCCCACAGAUUAUGCCAACUGAGCCCAUUCUGGCCAUGCAUAGAUCAUAUUAAACGGGACGCAGCGGAGUCCGCUUUUAACGAUCGCGCGCACGGCACUGUUGCAAUGCUUAUAGCAUUCUGUUUGCAAUAGCGUCUACAACGAUUGUUGCUUAAUUUCUGUAUGUGGACAACCUUUUUUUUUACUCUUAUUUUUUUUACACUGAAAGCUACGUAUCUAAGAAUGGUAGGUAGCUUUGUUACAUUGAGCAUCGUUAUAAGCGGAUUUCGCUGUGUUCGGUAACCUCGUAUGAUGAACACUCCCAAACCCAGAAUGUAGAAAAUGAACCCGAAUGUAUUGACCUUCUUUCUUUGACUUCCCCUAUUUUUUUCUUCUUCUUUUGUUCUUUUUACAUAGUAAUCAUUUUAAGCUUUCGUUGUGAAUCCUGUCCUUUUCUCAAUUUCUAACCGCGGAUAUCCCCAAGGUAUACGAGUCUGGGUUGUCGUGUAGGGUAACAGCAAAAAGGAAACAGAUGAUUAAAAUGGCACGAGGGGUAUUUUGGGUGAGGGGGCUUCCUAACUUCACUGAAUUGUCAAUAUCGAAGUUCCUACAUGUGCAGCAAUGCAUUCCUGUGCCUAAACGAUGAAGGUGACAUGUACAGCCGAGUGAUAUGUAUGUGCUGUACAUGAUUUUCGCUGAAGAAUAUUGCCACGCAAGAUUCCUAAUAAAUAUUUUUGCACUAUUUA